AUGUUUCUGCGGGACUCAGCUAUUGCGCGAUUUACGAGCGCAAUGCUUAUAUCACUCGCCAUAACUAGCGCGACCUUCCUACCAUUUCUACUACAGGGCGCACUCGCUUCUCCCCCGCAACCACACCCGAAACCGGAUCCGCAAGCACACGAUCAAGCACCUAUCUCAGGAUACUACCCCGAGCCGGAGCCUUGCCAUGGGGACUGUACAGGGAUCCAUGACCCAAGUAUGUUCUACGAAGACGGCGUCUACUGGCGAUUUUCCACCAGUGGCAAUAUAUCAGUUGCUAGUGCGCUUUCACUCUCUGGGCCAUGGCACUAUCGCGGUGCCUUGUUAUCAGAUGGCACGAGCAUCUUCAUCCGCGAGGAUCAGGAUAUCUGGGCUCCCUCGAUAUCCAAGCGCGACGAUGUCUUCUACUGCCACUAUUCCGUCUCCUACAUCUACUCCCAACACUCCGAGAUUGGUGUCGCGACCUCUACGUCCCUCGAACCGGGCACCUGGAAAGACCACGGCGCAAUUGGCCUCCCUCAAAAUUCGAGAUACAACCUGAUCGACCCUUACGUCUUCCAAGAACAAGCCGACAGCCCGUAUUACUUUACCUUCGGUAGUUACUGGAGCGGAAUCCAGCAAGUCGAGAUGCAUGAUCAUCAGGACCUCAUUGCCUGGGGAGGACAGGCGAAUGAUAUCACGAACAUCGUUGGCAACACCACCGUCAACCAAGCUGUCGUGGAGGGUGCGUCCAUGCACAAGUUCGGCGGCUUUUACUAUAUAUUAUUCUCCGUCGGCCAGUGCUGUCGCACAGAGAAGGAUCUCGUGCCUCCAGGAGACGAAUACCACGUCGCUGUUUGUCGAUCAGAUUCGAUUACCGGACCUUACUUCGAUCAACAAGGCAAAAACUGUCUAACUGAGAGCGGUGGUACUACUAUCCUUGCUAGUCAUGGUGAUAUAUAUGCACCGGGCGGUCAAGGCAUCAUGGAGCACCCGGAGACUGGCAAGAUGGUUCUGUAUUAUCACUACGGUAAGUGUACAUGA